AUGAUCAUCUAUUCGCUGAAGGUUUUCACUUUUAUCGGGGCUUUCGACAGUUUUUUUUUUUAAAUCGAAAAUGGCUGGGACUUUGUCCGUUAAACGUCUCGCCCUCUCCAAAACGAACUUGAACAGCCUCGGCCCCUGCAUCAACACCCUUCAGAUCAGGACUCAGCAGACCGCUGCGGCCCCUCCGCCCACAAAGGACAAGUAUGGGCCGCUCGCUGACCAGGACAGGAUUUUCACCAACUUGUACGGACGUCACGACUGGAGGCUGAAGGGUGCUCUCAAACGUGGCGAUUGGUACAAGACGAAGGAGAUCGUUGAAAAAGGACCGGAUUUUAUUUUAUCUGAAGUCAAAACGAGUGGUUUGAGGGGAAGAGGAGGAGCUGGUUUUCCGUCUGGGAUGAAAUGGAGCUUUAUGAACAAACCUUCUGAUGGCAGGCCUAAGUAUUUAGUUGUAAAUGCUGAUGAAGGGGAACCUGGAACAUGUAAAGACCGUGAAAUCAUGAGACACGACCCUCACAAACUUGUUGAGGGAUGUCUAAUCGCAGGAAGGGCCAUGGGUGCUAGAGCCGCUUAUAUUUACAUUAGAGGUGAGUUUUACAAUGAAGCUUCAAACAUGCAAGUUGCGAUUGCCGAAGCUUAUCAGGCGGGCCUCAUUGGCAAGAAUGCCUGUGGAUCUGGCUACGAUUUCGAUGUUUUUAUGCACCGUGGUGCUGGUGCUUAUAUCUGUGGUGAAGAAACUGCUCUUAUUGAGUCGCUCGAAGGAAAACAGGGAAAACCCAGGCUUAAACCUCCAUUUCCUGCUGAUGUAGGUGUUUUCGGUUGUCCUACGACUGUCGCCAACGUUGAAACUGUAUCCGUGGCACCUGAAAUUUGUAGGAGAGGAGGCAAGUGGUUUCUUGGAUUAGGAAGACCGAGAAACUCUGGAACAAAGCUGUUCAAUAUUUCUGGACAUGUCAAAUACCCAUGUACAGUAGAGGAGGAAAUGUCGAUUCCCCUGAAAGAGCUUAUUGAGCGCCAUGCCGGAGGUGUAACUGGUGGGUGGGACAACCUUUUGGGUGUCAUCCCUGGAGGGUCUUCAACACCAGUCAUCCCCAAAAGUGUUUGCAAUGAUGUUUUAAUGGAUUUUGAUGGGCUGGUCGCUGCUCAAACAAGUUUGGGCACAGCCGCUGUAAUUGUAAUGGACAAAUCGACUGACAUUGUAAAAGCCAUAUGGAGGUUGAUCAUGUUCUAUAAGCAUGAAUCUUGUGGUCAGUGCACACCAUGCAGGGAAGGGAUUAGUUGGAUGAACAAGAUUAUGACCAGGUUUAUCACUGGCAAUGCUCACCCUGGUGAGAUUGAUAUGCUAUGGGAAUUAAGCAAACAAAUUGAAGGUCAUACAAUCUGUGCUUUGGGCGAUGGUGCUGCUUGGCCUGUACAGGGCCUCAUCAGGCAUUUCAGGCCCGAGCUGGAAGACAGGAUGUCGAAAUUUAAACAGAAAUCGGCAGCUCACAAUUAAAACAAAUAUCGACAUUUUGUAGAUUAAACACUAUCUAAAAAUUGAUUGUGAGAUUCAUUCGCUUGUUUGCAAUUUUUUUUUUGUCGAAAUGGAGAGCUACAGUUUUAACUUUUAAAAUUUAAAAAACAAACAAAAAACAUUAUUCUAUUUAAACUGGGAACUUAAAAUCUGAAACUUAGAAAGUGUACUAUAAAUACUGUACAUAGAACAUAAGUUAAAUAAAAUGUUAAAUUUAA